AUGUACAAGACUGAUCUGGAGAAGGACAUUAUUUCUGACAUAACGGGUGACUUCCACAAGUUGAUGGUUGCCCUCACAAAGGGUAGAAGCGCGGAAACUGGCUCUGUCAUUGAUUAUGAGCUGAUUGACCAAGAUGCCCGUGAUCUCUAUGAUGCUGGACUGAAGAGGAAAAGAACUGAUGUUCCCAAGUGGAUCAGCAUCAUGAUCAAGCAGAGCAUGUGUCACCUCCAGAAAGUAUGUGAAAGGUACAAGGUGGAGAGUGUCAUGAAGGAAGUCGAAGAAAACCUGGCAAAUGCUUUCCUGAACUUGGUCCACUGUAUCCAGAACAAGCCCUUGUAUUUUGCUAACCUACUGUAUGACUCCAUGAAGGGCAAGGGGACACAUGAUAAGGUCUUGAGCAGAAUCUUGGUCUCCUGCAGAGAAGUGGACAUGCUGAAAAUCAGGUCUGACUUAAUGAAAAAGUACAGCAAGUCCCUGUACUAUGACGGCCAGCAAGACAACAAGGGCGACUGCUAA